GGUGCAGCAUCAGUAACGAAACGACCCAGCCAACAGCAAAGUCUUUGAGUUGGAUAGCCGCAGAAACAUCUCUCUCUCACCGUGUGCAGUAUGGAUUUCGUAUUUAGAGUACUGUUCGUGCAGUUCCUCGCACUCGGGCUGCUGGUGCCGUUCGUGCGGCCGCAAACCGGAGGAACCGACUGCAACGGCAAAGACUACCUGUGUCUGGACGAUGUCCGGUUUCAGCUGUGCGUAGACUAUGGCGACGGCCGCCCGACGACGGUCAACGACGAGGUGCAGCAGUGCCCGACCGGUACCUUCUGCAGCAACAGCGGUCACUUCGAGUGUGACUCGUUCGUGCCACCCUCCACGACGGCCGCGCCGCAAGUUGGCGAUGCUGAACCGGCUCCGGAACCCACCGAAAGUGUGCCGGAAGUGGUAGAAGAAGAAGCCACGCUGCCUCCAGCUGAGGAGGUCGCAUCGGAGGCACCAGAAGCCACUACGGCGGCCGUUGCCCCGGAGGUGAGCGAGGACCCAUCGGAAGCCACGGAGGCUCCCGAAGAGACGCAGGAACCCCAGGAGCAGGAGUCUACCGUAGCAUCGGAAACCGAAACUGAGGCUUCGUCGGACCAACCAACCACCAUCGAAGCGGAGACGGAGACCGAAGCGGAGACGGAGACCGAAGCUGCACCGGAAUCGACUGUUCCCCCGACAGAAUCGUCGUCGCAAUCAAGCGAUCCUGAGGAACCGGAAGUGACCGAGGGCGAAGCACCGGAAGCAACGGAUGCACCGGCACCUGAAGAGCCAACAGCAGUGCCCGAAGCAUCUCCGGAGCCCGAACAGGAGCCCCAGGAGCCAACGGAACAGGUCACGGAGGAGGAAUCACCAGCUUCCACCAGCUCGGAACCGGCCGAGGAGGAGGGUACGGCAGCACCGACCACCACCGAUGAGUCGGCGACCGAAGAAUCGUCGACGGGCGCUCCCGGCGAACCGACGGACUCCAAUCAGGCGUCCGAAGUUCCCUCGACGGAGCUCGUCACCGACAGCCCCACGGAGUCCGCACCGGAAGCACCUGAAACGACGGUAUCCGAGCCGACCGUGACCGAGCCCGAGCUCGAGACCACUUCGAAGGCCCCAGCCGGCUCCGGUUCCGACGAGAGUGGCUCGUCCGGGUCCGAGCAAGACUCCGACACCGAGGAACCGUCGGGCGAGUCAGCAGGAUCGGGCUCGAACGAAGCGACGACCGUUGCCGCUCCCCCGUCCAACGAACCAGCACCCUUCGUCUGCCAAACGGCAGGCCGGUUCCCGCACCCGAGCGACUGCCACAAGUACUUCAUCUGCUUCUGGCUCCCGUUCGGUCUGUACAACCUCGAGCAAAGCUGCCUGCCCGGGUUCGCCUACAACCCAACGCUGGAGCGCUGCACCGCGGACCAGAGCGUUUGCUUCCCGGGCCAGUUCACCUGCACCGCACCCGGCCGCUUCCCGGACCUGACCAAUCCGACCGGCUACUUCUGGUGCGUCUGGAACGUGCUCGGUGGCUACGUCCAGUACAACCUCCAAUGCCCGCUCGGCCAGGUGUUCAACCCGUUCCGGGGACGCUGCGCUUUCGUCGUAGCCGGCCGCUCCCUUCCGGUCGGUGAACCACUGGUCGGCGAGGAGGAGGCCGUCGCUGCCGCCGCCGCCGCCGGUGAGCCCGCCUUGGUGGACGAGACCCAACCCACGAAGCUGAAGGUCAAGUUCGAGUGCCUCGAGGAGGGCACGUUCGCCGAUCCCAACAACUGUGGCCGCUACUUCGUGUGCACCCUGAAGAAGCUGGACAAAUUCAAGAAGAGCAAGUUCAAGUGCGUCACGGGCGAACGCUUCGACGCCCUGGUCGGUGGCUGCGUUCCCGACGUCGAUGCCCUGUGCGAGUGAGUUCCCUCUUGUAGGGUGUACCUUUCCUGUAG